UUCAAUGGAACUCCAUUGCCAUAGCUUCAGUUGACAUCGUUCAUUAGCAAUGGACUAUCGCAUAGUAAACUCACAAAUCACCCUCCAGUUUCCUCCAACGAAGCUCCAACUUCACCAAAACACCAUAAUCAAAAUCAACAAGCGCACCCAUUUCCUCAAACCCGCGUUCCCACGUUUCAUUCGCUUCAAUAACCGCCAAAAUCCCAUUUCCAAGGUUGUGAGAAGCUCAAUGGGUAAAGAUAGAGUCUUGGAUGAUAAAGAAGCUGCAUUGCUCGUUAAUUCUUGUAUUACGCGUAAUUUGGCGCCGGUGUUGAGUUUGGAUCAAGGAUUGGAUGCGAUUAAGGCGGCUGUGGAGGAGCUGAAGGCCAAUCCGCCUACUUGCUCAAGUGGGAUGUAUAGAUUUCAGCUUGCAGUCCCUCCAAGUGCAAAAGCACUUAACUGGUUUUGCUCUCAACCAGAGUCAUCGAAGGUGUUUCCUUUAUUCUUCCUUUCCAGUGAUAAGGAGAAUCCAACCUACGAAUCACUUUCUCUGGGAAGAACUAGAGGCGUUUUUGGCAUAGGUUCAGCUGUCAGCUUCAAGGGAUCUCCCCAUGCUUCAGGAAAACACAGUUAUUUGUCGAGAUAUCUUCCAGCUGAAUUAACAUCUUCAAAGGCUUACGGAUUCUUGGAUAUUGAGCUUGACACGAAGAUGUCCACCGUAGAGCGUCAGACUGGUUCUUAUUACGUUUUCAUCCCACAGAUUGAGUUGGAUGAAUUUGAGGAUAUCUCUUUCUUAUCUGCUACACUGGCAUGGGAUGACUCUUCGAUGUGUACCUUUAGUGAAGCUGUCCAAACAUUUGAGAGCAGUUUUCAGCAGGCCAGGUAUACUUCUGCAAGUGGUAGCCAACUAAUUUGCUCUUCUCUUUUGAAGUUCAAGAAUGCAGAGAAGCAUACGCAAAUGGUGCGUGUGAAUUCACUCUUAAUGGAUGGGAAGAAACUUGAGGCCAGCACUCUGGAACUGGAAGAUGCCUCAUCCUGCUUCAGCCAGUUCUCAGCCAGACUUUCACCAACUCUAUCAAUUGCAAAUAACAUGCACUCAGAGCACGAGACCAAUAAAGUGAACUUUUUCUGUCAUGAUUCGCCUAACAUCAAUGCUUUGUGGGCAUCUCUUAUAGUUGAAGAAUGCACCCGACUUGGUUUGACGUAUUUUUGUAUAGCUCCUGGAUCAAGGUCAUCUCCCCUGACAAUCGCUGCUGCUAGUCACCCCCUUACAACUUGCAUUGCAUGCAUUGAUGAACGGUCCCUUGCAUUUCAUGCUCUUGGUUAUGCCAAAGGUUCCCAAAAACCAGCAGUCGUCAUAACAUCAUCGGGCACUGCAGUCUCGAAUCUUUUUCCUGCUGUUGUCGAGGCAAGUCAAAGUUUUGUACCCAUGUUGUUACUUACCGCAGACCGCCCUCCUGAGCUGGUAGACGUUGGAGCAAACCAAGCAAUCAAUCAGGUCAAUCAUUUUGGAACAUUUGCGAGGCAGUUUUUCAGCCUUCCUCCUCCUACUGAUGAGAUUUCUGCUAGAUUGGUUCUCACCACAAUUGACUCUGCAGUACAUAAAGCAACAUCUUCACCAAAUGGUCCUAUACAUAUCAACUGCCCUUUUCGGGAACCACUGGCAAAUAGUCUGAAGGAUUGGAAUCGUAAAUGUGUUGAUGGAUUAGACUUUUGGAUGUCAAAUGCAGAACCAUUCACCAGAUAUAUUCCACCUCAAAAAUCCUUAUCAUGUAGUGACAUGUACUCACACAUGAAUGAAGUCCUCGAACUUAUUGAAGGGGCAAAUGAUGGGGUUUUAGUGUUUGGUUCUAUUCACAAAGAAGAUGACAUGUGGGGAGCUCUUCUGCUGGCUAAGCACUUGCUGUGGCCAGUUGUAAUCGACAUCCAAUCAGGAUUACGAUUGAGGAAGUAUCUGUCAUCCUUUCUCGACAGGAAGGAUAUAUUAUUUGUUGAUCAGCUUGAUCAACUGUUGCAGUCAGAUUCUGUCAGAGCUUGGAUGAAGGCUGACGUAAUAGUACAGAUUGGAAGUCGGAUAACCGGAAGGCGCAUUUCUCAGAUGAUAAACCAAUCUUGUCCUAGCUCGCUCAUUCUAGUUGAUGAUCAUCCGGGUCGUCAUGAUCCUUCUCAUAUCAUAACACACAGGAUCCAAAGUACCAUCUCUCAAUUCAGUGAUAGUGUAAUUAAAUCUUGCAAACCAAAUAUAAGAAAGAGAUGGAAGGAUUUUUUACGAGGAUUGGACAUGAUGGUUGCCUCGGAGUCAUCAUCAUUUAUUACUUCCGAAAAAUCACUGACUGAACCUUAUGUUGCACGAAAGAUAUUUGAAACACUUCGCUGUGGAUCUGCUUUAUUUUUUGGAAACAGCAUGACAAUACGUGAUGCAGACAUGUAUGGGAGCAAUUGGGUGCAAUGCACCCAUCCCGCUUCCUUGAUGUUGAGUGCUGGUUUGCCGUGCCACUGGGUCCAUGUUACAGCAAAUAGAGGUGCUAGUGGCAUUGAUGGUUUGAUCAGCUCUGCUGUUGGAUUUGCAGUUGGCUGCAACAAACGAGUGCUUCUUGUGAUGGGAGAUGUUUCAUUUCUGCAUGAUACCAAUGGAUUGGCACUACUGAGACACCGGACAUCGCGCAAGCCCAUGGUCAUAGUCGUGGUAAACAACCGUGGAGGUGCAAUCUUUAGCCAACUCCCAGUUGCAAGUACAAUUGACAGAAAUAUAAUGGACCAGUUUUUCUACACAUCUCACAAUGUUUCAAUACGUCAUCUAUGUUUGGCACAUGGUGUGAAGCAUGUCCAAGUCCAGACAAAAACAGAGUUGCAGAAUGCUCUGUUCACGUCUCAGAGAGAAGAUGUUGAUUGCAUAGUGGAGGUUGAAAGUGAAAUUGAGACCAAUAUCACAUUCCAUAAUAACUUGAGGACUUUCACUCGCCAAGCCUCAGAUCACGCUUAUAAUGUCCUCUCAAAGCUUUCAAUCGCAGAUUCUACCUCACCAGGCCCCAUAGAUUGCAAAGUUAGUAAGAUGGAUUACUCCCAAUACAGGGUUCAGCUAAAUGCUCCACCUACUUCAUCUUCUGGAAAUUCUAACAACUUCCCAUCCUAUAGAGAAGGUUUUGUUAUAAUUUUGUCUCUUGAUGACGGUAGUGUUGGAUUUGGUGAGGUUGCACCUCUUGAAAUCCACAAAGAAAACCUGCUUGAUGUGGAAGAGCAACUUCGAUUUCUUAUGCAUGUCAUAGAAGGAAACACAGUUAGUGACAACCUACCUCUAUUGAAGGGUUCUUUCUCUUCUUGGAUAUGGAACAAUUUAGGAAUUCCGCCAGGUUCAAUAUUCCCCAGUGUCCGAUGCGGGUUGGAGAUGGCCAUCCUCAGUGCAAUUGCAAGUAGACAUGGUUGCAGCAUACUGGAUGUACUUCAUCCAUCAGCUGGAGAAUUGUCCAAACGAUCAUCUCCCGUUCAAAUUUGUGCUCUAAUCGAUUCGUAUGGAAGUCCCAUGGACACAGCAUUCAUUGCAUCGACUCUUGUCGCGGAGGGAUUUACUACCAUCAAAAUAAAAGUGGCACGUAGAGAAGAUCCCGAUGAAGAUAUUGCUGCAAUAAAAGAAGUGAGGAGGAAGGUGGGGGAAAAUAUCGUACUUCGUGUAGAUGCAAACAGAAAAUGGACUUAUGAUGCAGCAGUAAAAUUUGCUCAUGGCGUCAAAGAAUGCUGCUUGCAAUAUAUUGAGGAACCUGUUGAUAAUGAAGAUGAUAUAAUGAAAUUCUGCGAACAAACGGGGUUGCCAGUGGCUUUGGACGAAACCAUCAACUCUGUCACAGAGAAUCCUCUUCUUGUCCUUCAGAAAUACAGCCACUCUGGAGUAGCUGCUGUUGUCAUCAAACCAGGUGUUAUUGGAGGCUUUGAAAAUGCUGCAUUGGUUGCACGAUGGGCUCAGCAGCACGGGAAAAUGACUGUUAUCAGUGCUGCGUUUGAAAGUGCUCUUGGUUUGUCUGCCUACAUCCAAUUUGCUUGCUAUUUGGACGUGCAGAAUGCUGAAAUGCAGAGUUUGAUGAAAAAGGAACAACCACAGUCGUCCACUGCUCAUGGUUUCGGAACCUAUAAGUGGUUCAAGGAACAAGUGACAACCGAGCCUCUAGAUAUCCAUCACAAUCCACAACAUGGCUCUGUAGAGGCGGAUGCUGCUGAUGCUGGUCGCUUCCUCCAAAAAUGUCGACUAAAUCCCGAAGCGGUUGUUAGAACCUCGGAUGAGAAAGAGGUGAAAGAAUACCAAAUAGCAGUUGAUACAGAAGGUGUCUCCUUCUCCAUAAAUGUGCUUGAGACUGGUGAAAGCAAUGAUGGUAGUGCAGUCGUGUUUCUUCACGGAUUUCUUGGAACCAGCGUAGAUUGGAUCCCCAUCAUGAAGGCCAUCUCGAGCUCCACCAGAUCCAUUGCAAUUGAUCUUCCUGGUCAUGGUGGAUCGAAAUUGCAAUAUCACGGUGAAAAUGAUUCAGACAAACCUAACUUAUCAAUUGAUGUAAUGGCUGAGGUCUUGCACAAGGUGUUGAAAACACUCACUCAUGGAAAGGUCACACUCGUUGGAUACUCAAUGGGAGCUCGGAUUUCUUUAUACACGGCCUUAAAAUGUAGCGACAAGAUUGAGCGAGCUAUGAUAAUAUCUGGAAGUCCGGGAUUGAUAGAUAACGAUGCAAGAACAACCCGCAAGGCUAAAGAUGACUUCAGAGCUAGCACACUCGUCGCAAACGGCUUAGAAUUCUUUUUAGACACUUGGUAUGCUGAAGAACUCUGGACUAGCUUGAGAAGCCAUCCCCACUUCAAACAGACAGUGACCAAACGUUUGAAGCACCAAGACUUGCACACUCUGGGAAAAGUGCUGUCCGAUUUAAGCAUCGGAAGGCAACCAUCAAUGUGGGAAGAUCUGAAGCAGUGCAAAGUGCCACUUCAGCUCAUCGUGGGAGAAAAGGAUGCCAAGUUCAAGGCAAUCGCGAUUGAGAUGCAAGAAAGAAUCGUCCCCGAAAACAGCUUUCCAUUAGUGGUCGAAAUUCCAAGUGCAGGGCAUGCUGUACAUGUUGAGAACCCCCUUGCUGUUAUAACUGCUAUAACACAGUUUGUUAAGACAGUGAAGACUACUUGAGUUGAUUUUGAUUUUUGUACUCUUUCAAUAAAAGCAUUAGUUAAUUUCAA